AUGGGAAAGCGAAAGUCGAAGAGAAAGGCACCGACCAAGGCGAAGGCCGUCGUUCCACUCGACACUCAAUUCAACUGUCCGUUCUGUAAUCACGAACGUGUUUGUGAGGUUAAAAUGGACCGCGAGAAGAACGUCGGCUACAUUUCGUGUCGUGUGUGCUCCGAAGACUUCCAAACCAACAUCAACUACCUCUCCGAGCCGAUCGACGUCUAUUCCGAUUGGGUGGACGCCUGUGAGCAAGCGAACAAUGCCUAA